CGCGUCUCAUAAAUAUUUUUCAACAAACCCACUAACAAAUACAACAAAGCCCUUUUUUAGAAACAGUAGAUAAUGGUUUCUGAGAUUUAGAUUGACUUUUAAAGCAUUAAAUUUGAUCGUCGACUAUUUUUGUGGUUCCUUUAUCCAACAACUCACUGUUCAAGUUACCUCGUUUGUCAAUUGUAUAAUAUGGAAAGGCCUCUUGGGAAAACCGUGUUGCCAUUAAGCAGGGUAAAAAAGAUUAUAAAAGAGGACGAAGAUAUUCAUUCCUGUUCCAACGCUUCUGCUUUGUUAGUGUCUGUCGCUACUGAAAUGUUUAUUGAGAAGCUGGCAGACCAGUCUUUCCAAUUGGCGAAAUUACAAAAAAGAAAAGGUAUUCAAUAUCGCGACGUUGCCGAUGUUGUUCGCAAAGAUGAUCAGUUUGAGUUUUUGUCAGAUUUAUUUUCUAUUUAACUAGUUGGUGAAUUCAUGCUAUGUUGUGUUUGGAAUAAAAGAAGAAAAAUAAUGUUUCAUUGUCGAUAACAAGUCUUCAUAAAACAUGUUUACCCUGAAAAGGAGCUGAAAGAUUCAAAGGCACGAUGUGUGGGAAAGAUAAAACCAUGAUAAUGUUCAAUUUUCAAUUUGUUUUGUUUAAAAUUUUAUUAAAAUUAUAAACUGAACCUUCCAUACCAACAUUAUACUCCUUGUUCUUGAUCCCUUACAUAUGUAAUUAAGGAAGGAAGGAUACUGAUCUUAAUGCUUCUCAGACAAAAUCUAGCUUGAGAACUGAAUAAACAUCGGUCGAUUCUUGUUUUAUUUUCACAUAGUGACAUGGUAUUACCUAUUCUUCAAACGAAUACUGUUCCCUAUUGCAAGUGGUAAACAUCCAUCCUGGGUUUUUUUAUGAAAUUUAGACAGAGGUUGUACUGCAAAAUAUAAAAGUCUUGAACACAGGAGCCUCAUGAAGCUUCUUUAUCCUUUGUACCCUCGUUGUUUUUAUCUCAUUAUUUUAUUUUAUUUUUUCAACUAUCAAACUCUCAAAUGCAACAAAGUUUUCCUACAGCUUUCCUUAUUUUUUCAACUCUUUUCUUUAUAUUUCCCUACAGAUACUUUUAACAGUAUCUCUUCAACAGUAUUCUUAGCGGACUGGCUCUGAAGACCAAAGUGGCUCUUCCUAACUGAGAAUCCUGUUUCCCUGACAGGAUCGUGUUUUGCAACCACCAGCAAACAAGCUUACUAUAGAAAAGAAAUUACAAACUUUGAUCUGAAAACUAUCAUCAUCUUUAAUUUCCUCGGUAUAUCCUGUUUACAGCGACAAAUUACAUCAUACCUUACUGAGUGACCCAAGUUAUAAAAUGGACAGGAGCCGAAUUCUAUACAUAGCAAACUUACUA